CUUCCCUUUUGUUGCCUCCUGAUUCUUUCUAGGAGCAAUAUAUAUAAACAAUAGCAAGCAAGAAAAUGAUAGAGCUAUCAUAUGCAAAACCUGUGUCUUGAAAGCCACUAUCUCUAAAUCCCAAAACAGAAAAACAACAUUCAAGCAACCAUAAAGGACCCAUAAAGGAUUGCAUGUAGUAUGUGUGCACCUUCAAGUAGCCCCUGAACCCGGAAGAAACAACACCCAGGAGGGUCAUUCUUACAUACAAAAACCCCAGCCCCUCAACUUUGAAAGCAAAGCUGAAGGCUCGCUCGACCACCUUUCCGACCUCAAAAAAUGACUGUUUGGUGGCCACCGACCCCCAUCGUACACCGACAGUAUUCCUGCAAAGCUUCAAGAAACCAAGCCAGACCUGCAAUUUUCCUAGCCAGCAGAGGGAGUACAAAAAAAGAAAGCGUCGCCAAACUAAAACAGAAACGAAAAAGCAAUUCUACGUGAUUCCCCGAGCACCGCCUGCAGCGCGAGAGGCCAGAGAAGGCGGGAGGAAGAAAGAGCGCAGGCAGGCCCGGAAGGUCGGCCGGAAAAGCUCGAGGGAUUGAUUCCGCCCCCACCCGGUCUCCCGUCUCUUGGCCCCGGCGAAGAAGGCCGGGAGAGUUCCUGUUCGCCCUGUCGGCCCGCCGCUGACGAAGCAGGCAAAAGCGGCGCUCUCCUCCCUCCCUCCCUCUUCGUCAGACGUGGCUGUGCAGAACGGGAGGAAGCCCCCCCCCGAAAGUCUGCAAAGCUGAAUGGUUCAUAAGUGGAAAGCAUGUCUGAAGAAAUCAGGAAAAGACUUGAUUUUCCUAACCCCUUUAUACAGUCACAGACUGUGGGCCAUCUUGUAGCUGCCGUACAGAAAGAAAAUGUUUUGCCUAACAAGAUAAACCAGUCCACUCACCAGACCCCUGCCUUGAACUUGCUCUGGGAAAAGUGCUGCAGUGACAAUGUGGUUGUCAGGACAACCUGCUGUGAGGAGCUUGUGACUCUCGUGGUACAGGAUCAUGCAGAAUUCACCUAUGUUCUUAAUGGAGCUCUCAACUUGAUUCCUUCUGCUAGGAAUGUCCAUGGUUUGAUAAACAUCAUUGUAAAACUACUACAGAUGCAGGCCCUGAAGGUGAUGAAAAAUCAAGAGGAAAAACAGUUGGAGCUAUAUGCAAUCAGGAGCUCUCCUCAUCCCCUGAUUGUUGUUCUUGAAAACAGACCUGACAGCUGGCCAGUUCUCCUGCAGCAAAUGGCAUCAUUUUUCCUGCAGUGCCCAGAAGGUGCAGAAAGUUCAUACAUCGUUAUAAUGAAACCGUUUCUAAGAUAUCUGUACUGUGAGCCUUGCCAUGCGAGGGAACAUGCUGAGUUACGAAUGGGGCUGCUUCGAGUCUUGCUUCAGCCAGGUGGGCUUCAGGACAAAGGAGAGCCUUCUGUCCUUGAAUACCACCUCCUUCACCUGUUUUGCGAUUUGGUUCCACGUUAUCAGAUAAAAGAUCUGCCACAGGUAACAGAAAUGCUGCAUUUUCUGGAAGAUUUAUUUUGGAGUCUGGUACGCUACCCUACUGUUUGGAAAGCCCAUUUAUGCCAGCUCUGUCUGCAACUUCUGUGCUUUUGUGAGGUUUGCCUGAAGAUCACAGGGGAAUGUUCAUCUUUAAUUUGCUUGAUAGAAGAAAAUGUGGAGAUCUUGAAAGAGGAUUUUCCAUUCGAUAUGGCCAUAAUUGGAUUAGGCUUGCUUCUGUUGCAGGCUCCGGCCAGUCAGCAAAAGCCAAUUUUAAAGCUAGCCCUCAAGAUCCUUUCCUGUUCUAAAAUCAAGAUAACUCUAAUGUCACCUCUCACCCUGAUGAUGCCUGCCCUGCAAAUACUCUCAUCGACAGCUGUGAAAGAUGGCAUAGCUGAGGAAGAUGGUGGCACCACAAGGCAGCAGCUGACCAUUGAUCUCCUAGAAAUUAUUCAACAGAAAAACAUAAAUGAGAAAAAGCCAUUGGCUUCUUGUGAGCGUUUUUUCCCCAUCACCACUGCUUAUGGUUCACUGCAUACUACCUGGAGGAUCCUUAUGCUUAUGAACGAUAUGUCCUUUGUGACUGACUGGUUGUCUUCUUUGAAGUCAGUGUUACCUGUUACAACUCAAGUCCCUGCCCAUGUUUCCCUUUUGCUGACCUACCUCCUUGUUCAAGAAAAUGGAGACAGCCUCCACAGUGUACUGGCUACCACUGUAGAAAUUGCCAAAGCAGAUUCAUCUCAGGUGCCAAAUCUGAUUCCAGUCCUGAUGUUUAAACUUGGAAGGCCACUGGAGCCGACACUCUGUCGGGAUAUUUUAUAUACUUUGCCUGCUUUGGCUGUACACAAGGUUUGUGUGGCACAGAUUUUACGUGUGCUGCAGGUGCUGGGAAGCACACCAAAGCUUCAAGCAGUUACAUUACGACUGAUGACGUCUUUGUGGGAGAAACAGGAUCGAGUUUACCCAGAACUUCAGAGAUUCAUGGCAAUGUUGGAUAUGGCUUCUCUGUCUGUAGGCAAAGAUACACAAUGGGAAAAGUUGAUUGCCAAAGCUGCUUCCAUCAGAGACAUAUGCAAACAAAGGCCUUACCAACAUGGUGCAGAUAUGUUGGCAGCAAUUUCCCAGGUGCUGAAUGAAUGCACAAAACCUGACCAAGCUACACCGGCAGUCUUAGUGUUACAAGGACUUCAUGCUCUUUGUCAAGCUGAGGUUGUUUGCAUUCGCUCUACAUGGGAUGCACUGUCCCCAAAGUUGGCCUGUGACACUCGACCACUAGUUUUAAAAACACUAAGUGAGCUGUUUUCCCUUGUUCCUUCACUGACGGUGAAAUCAAGUGAAUAUGAAAAAUUUAAAGCUCAAGUUGUCAGCUUCCUGUGGAGCCACACACAGAACAAGGAUCCUCUCGUAGCCAACUCUGCAUACAAAUCUCUUGCUGAAUUCAGUUCUGAAGAGCAUACUAUCCUUCAUCUCCCUGAACAGGCAAGACCAGAAGUAGACCAGCAUGAAGAGGUGGAUGCAAAUGAAGGGGAUGGAGAAGAAGAGGUGGAUCUCUCUGUUCCUGGUGCUUCAUACAUUAAAUUGUUGUUGCUCACUUCUCCUCCUGUUCUACCAGCAUUUGAAGAGUUCACAACAUCACUUCUGAAACAGGAGAUGGUCAACAUGCCUCGUGGAAUAUACCAUUCUGCACUCAGAGGAAGUGCUAUCCGGUCAGACCAAGGGAAGACUGUGUCAGGGGUUCCAAACUUUAUGCUAAAGAUGUAUGAGAGGAACAAGCAACCAGGGCUGAAGCCUGGCCUUGCAGCUGGCAUGUUGCUGAGUUAUGAUCUUCCAGUCCAUGUGGGUAAGGAUGGUAAACCUAUCAGUCGAUUUCUAGCCAGCAGGGGGCGCAAUUUCCACCAGAUGUUAACGGCUCUCCUCCAUGAGGUGAACAUUCAACCAUCAGAGUGGCACCAUUCUCUGCUGCUUCCUCAGUCCUGGGCAGGAUUUAUGGAGAGAACAUACCACGCUAUUUUGCAAGGAAGACAAGCUGAGUUGGAGAUGCAACUGAAGCAUGGAAAAGAGGGGCCUGAAGAAGUGCAGUACAAACAGUUUACAGCCUGGCUCUGGGUCAGAGAUAUGUUGACUGAUGUAAUCAAGGGUGCUUCAAAGGAAAGUCCAGUGGUGAAAGGGAAUUGUCUCCUCGCCUUAACAGGCCUUGCUGUUACUGUUGCAAAACAUGAGAAAGGUCUUUCUUCAGAUACUGAAGAACAGUUUGAUACUGAGCCAGAUUUUCUUCUGACAAAGCACUGGAUUUUGAUGGUGAUAGAUACGCUUCUUAGCAUUAUAGACAGCCACUACCAUCCCAAGGGCCGUGUCUUCCCAUGGUUUUAUCAGAAAUCCUACUCGGGUGAAAACACUGCAAGUUCUAUUGCUCGUUCCUGUGCAGCAACUGCUUUGUCUCUCUUGGUGCCAGUUUUUAUUGUAUCCUACAAGGAAAAGGUUGAGGAAGUCCUAAAUUUGCUGAUUGCCAUGUUACCAGGGAAACCAAAUGCAGAUGAGUCUCAGGCUGUUCAAAUUCACAUGGGCCUUGCUUUGGGGAUGUUUGUCUCACGAUUAUGUGAAGAGAAAAUCAGUGAUAUUGAUGACAAGCAAAUGAAUCUCCAAUUGAUGAAGUCUCUGGAUAAAUUAGAGGACUGCUGCUUUGACACCAGUCUAGAGUACAACACUGGAUGCAUCCUGGGUGUAGGACUUGUUCUGUCAAGGAUGAAUUGCAGCAGCCUAACAGAUUCCCUAGGGCACAUCUCAGCUUCCUUGAAUAAACUUUGCAAAUACUUGAAUGAUGCAGAAGACCAAAGCAGAACCUUCCAGGAAAUUCUUGCCUACACUGUCGCCUGUGUCUGUUUUUCUGCCUUCAGUGUUAAGAUCAUUGAAGCCAUGGAGGCUGAAGAGAUCAUGAACAAGUUGCAGAGAUUAGCAGAAGCUAAUCAGCAGACAACCGGUUUUACCUUAGCAUUGGGUAGCCUUGUUCAUGGACUUUCUGUGUGUGGACAUGGUAAAGCAGAAGACCUCAGUAACAGGCUAUUUACUGCUUGGAUGAAAAUUGUACUGACAGAAGGUGCCCCUACAAUGCAACGCAUUGCUGCAAUCAAUGGGCUGGUUUCUCUGGUAGGUUCUGAAGCAGCCAUGCUACAGCUGAAAACUGAGUCUAUCCAAUCUUCCCAAUUUCAAAGCAAACUCAAUGAAGUCAUAAGAACCCUGAGCCAGAUAAUCAGCUUCUCUGGAGUGAUUGGCCUUCAGACAAAUGCCGCAUGGCUAUUGGGACAUCUUCAUUUCUCCAGUGUGUCUGCAAACCAGAGUCGGACCUCUGUUCCUCCAGACUUUAGCUACCUGUCUGAGAAAAGCUUCCUCAGGGCUGCAGUUGACUUUGUCAUUGAAGGUGGAAAGAAAGGCCCUGAACAAGUUCGCCCUCAAUUGAUAAAGGCAGUCAUGGCACCUAUAGCAUUAAUUGGAGAAAGCUACCAGUAUCCCCCAGUGAACUGGGCAUCUAUUCUUUCCCCUCUGCUGCGGCUAGACUUUGGUGAGGAGAUCCAGCAGCUGUGCCUUCAGCUAGCCGUGACUCAGGUCCAGUCAUCUCAAAAUGCGGCAGUGCUCCUGGGGAUGUGGGUAGCACCACCUCUAGUGCGUAGUUUAAGUAUAGGAACGAAGAAGUAUCUUUUCACUUCCUUACCUGUAUGGAUGAAAUAUGUAGCAGAAGACCAACUGCAGGCAUUCACUGAAGUGUUUAUGGUGCAGCAUUUUGAGGCCAAGGACCAGCCAAAAAAUGUGGAGCUUUGCUGGAAUAUUUUACAGGGACUCCACCAAGCCAUGAAACUUCCUAGCCCUGCCCAGUACAGCUGGAGCUGUCUCUGCCGGGCUGCUGAGAGAAUAUUUGAGCUUUUGCCAAAUGAGAUUCGGCAAAAUGAACUGAAGCUCUAUAUUGAUUCAGCAAAAUGCCUUUCAGAAAUGACAGACACAGAGAUUGAUCAAAUUACCCAACCGUCAAAGAAUAAUUUGGAAAAGGUGACAUUUGUUAAAGUUUAUUUGGUUGCUCAAGGCAGACUUCCUUUACUGAGAUGGAAUGAUGUGAUUAGCAUGGCAGCUGGGUGCCAGCAGAAGGAAACUAUUGUGUGGAUGCUGCUACAGAGCUUCUACCAUGCACGAAUUUUGAGCCACAAAAACACUGGAGUCUUAAAGAGAAUGGAGUGGCUCUUGGAACUGAUGGGGUAUAUCAGGAAUGUUUCCUUGAAGACAGCAUCCAUACCAAAUGUGUCUCCUAAUGAGGCAUGGGAUGAUGGACAUUAUAGUCAAAUACAUCUAGAGGUUGCUGGCUUGAGAAAGGCUGAUCUGCAAGAUUUGAAACCCUCCUACCCACCUGCUGAGAAAGACAAACAAGUAUUCAUAGGGCUGUUGCAUAUAUUUCCUCUCUCAUUAUUGUCAACAUUAUGGAUAUUUUUAAAAGAGGCACAGAGGAAGAAUGGGGAACCACAGACAAAAUCUACUGUCCCCCACCUUUUAACCCAGACAGCUUUCUUUCAAGCAGUCAGCUUCCUUCUGUGGAUCUUUGCUGCUUCUGUGGUGGCGUGGGCUGACCAUGCUGCACCCCUGCUGCUUGGCCUCAGUGCUGAUUGGUCUCCCUGGGAAGGUGGCACAGUGUCACAGUUGUCUGCAGGUUAUUUGGGCCAGCGGCCAGUAGAUCAUUUGGCUGCCCAGGAGACCCUCACUCUUCUUCCAGGGUGCUUGCAGAUCCUGAUGGCAAAGGAACCGUGGAAGGAACACACACAAAAGUUUAUUGAUUGGCUGUUGAACAUAAUGGAAAGCUCAGAGGAAGUACUCUCCCAGUCUUCUAGAGACCUUUUGAAAGCUUCACUGUUGGCCCUGAGAUCUCUCCAAGAGUUCAAGAAGAAGGCAGUAUGGACAAAAGCUUAUGGCUGGUAGUCCCAGUAUGACAAAGAAGGGAGAAAACUAAAACGUGGUGUGAAAGACAUAACAUUGCUAUAGAGUGCUUUAGGAUUUCUAUUCCAGACAGAUUGUUGUCUUUCCUGAGCAAGAUGUUUAAAAGAGUUUACUGUAUACAUAUGUACCUUUGUUCUAACAGAUUGCCAUGCAUAUGAAGCUUGUGUUGGAAAAAGCUUAGCUCCGAGUCAUAGAAUUUCAUUUUCUGAAAUUUAAAGGAUGGUAUGAACUAUACAACAAAAUUCUAUGAUGCAUUGGGUGAAAUCUGUGAUCUUGUGACAAAAUUAAACAUACUAACUUGAAAUUACAA